AUGAGACGGAAGUUCGGAGGAAUGGAGCAAUUACGUCAACAAAACAAAUCAGUCACUGAUGUAGCCGUCAUUAAGUUGGAACAGAGAGUGAUAUUUUACUUAAUAACUAAAGAACAUCAUUGGCAAAAACCAACGUAUCAGUCGAUCUAUGUUAGUUUAACUAGACUYAAAGAACUAUGUACCGAGUUAGAAAUUAACAGUCUUGCAUGCCCAAGAAUGGGAUGUGGGCUGGACGGGUUGCAAUUGGAAACUGUUCGCAAAAUGUUGCGAUAUAUUUUCAAAAAUUCAGGAGUUAUCGUUUACGUCUAUAUGAAAGACGAAUUAACAGAAACAGAGAAAAUGCAAUUAAUUAAAGAACUCCACAUAAAUCCCUUGGGGGGACAUCAAGGGGUAAGCAGAACUUUCAACAGAUUGUACGCAGAACAUCAUUGA